AUGACGGAGAUGCGACUCUGCACGCAGCUGAGCCUCGACGACUUCCUCUGCAUCGAUGGCCUGACCGGUGUCACCGUCCUGCCCGAUGAUACCCGCCGAAACUUCUUCCGCCAUCUCGGCCUCCAGGAGCACAACUACCGCCAUCGCCUCUUGUAUCGGAGGAUGAAGCAGGAAGCCCGCGUCGCCAUGCAACGACUCUUCGACACGCGCGAUUCCUUGCGCCCAGAACUCAUCGACGACGAGACUGUCACUGUACCCUACCGGCUCGACCAAAUCGCAGAAACGGCCUUUCAAGUCCAAGUCGAGGAGAUCUACAGGACGGCAUCUCGUCAGACGCGAGGCAUCUACGACCUUACUAACACCGGCGAUGGGAGGCACUGGGUCAUUCGCUGGAUGCUGUGGCGUAUCGUGCGACAGAGCGAGGGUCAAGAUUAUCAAGCGACCAGCAGCGGGGCCGAGUCGGACUAUUCAAUGCUGUCGACAUGCUCCACCGCGACCGACUAUCCCAGCGUUCGGACCGAUCACCUCAGUCCUCCUUGGUCCAGUCCACUCUGGAUGCCGAGCCGAUUGACUCCUCACGAUUAUAGCGAUAGCGAGGAUUGGGAGGAGCCCCCACCAAAAGCCAUCAAGCUGGACCCCGACGACAGAGUCUUCAUCAAGCCCGCCAUGCCGACACCCAAGACAGCUUACUGGGAUCAUGUCAUGGGAAACACCUGA